UAUUCCUCCUUCGUCGGCGUCCUUGUAUAUUGCUUCUUUGCGACUUCGAAAGAUGUUUCUAUCGGACCAGUGGCAGUUAUGUCGCAAACCGUGGCUCAAAUCAUCAUUGCUGUAGACGCACAGUACCCUGGUAAAUGGGCUAGCCCACUGAUAGCCACCACGUUGGCCUUUGUUUGUGGAUUUAUCGUACUCGGGAUUGGCCUCUUGCGCAUCGGUUGGAUUGUCGAGUUCAUACCCGUACCAGCAGUCAGCGGGUAUAUGACUGGAUCUGCGAUAAAUAUAGUUGCAGGUCAGGUUCCCGCCCUCUUGGGCAUUACCGGGUUCAGGCAAGGUACUCGAGCUGCCACGUACGAAGUUAUCAUCAAUACUCUCAAGGGACUUCCCGGUACGAAAGUGCGCCUGUCAUCGAUAGCGAGCUCGUCAAAGCUCUCGGGCCACAGAUCCCUGUCGCCACCAUAA